GCGACGCUCGUCGACGAGUACCUGCGCCUCACGAAAAAAGCGCUGCCGGCGCUCGCCAAGGCCCACAAGUGGCCCAUCCGCUUCGACCACUGCUUCAUGCGCGUCAUGCUCGACAACAGCUUCGGCUGCGUCUGGUACGAGAAGCUCGACCGGAAGAAGGGCAGCGCCAUCUCCCAGAUCGACGCGGACGCGCUCAAGCGCGCCGUCGGCUUCGGCAGGCGCAUGGAGGCCGAGGGCCUCGGCGCGGUCCAGGUCCUCGACAACGUGUCCCUCCGGCUCCGCGGCAAG